AUGUCGGCUGAAAAGGAAUUACAUUUUCGUCAUGCUUGUAAAAUAGUAUUAAAAUUAGUAACUGAACAUAUCAUAUCAGAUUUAGAAAAAAAAAGUAAAAAAAAGAAUAGGUCAGUCUGGGUAAGGAAGUGGAUUGCUAGAAGACAACAUUUUGGAGCAUCCGAUAUACUUUUAAAAGAACUUGCGUUAGAAGAUCCAAAUUCAUUCAAAAAUCAUUUAAGAAUAUCAUCAGACCUUUUUGAAACCCUACUGCAGCAUGUUACACCAUCAAUAGAAAAACAAAACACAACAAUGAGAGACGCAUUACCAGCUAGAUUAAAACUCCAAAUUACAUUAAGAUAUUUAGCAUCCGGAGACUCAUUUGCUUCAUUGCAAUACUUAUACAGAGUACCGAAGUGUACGAUUUCAAAAUUUCUACCUGAAGUGUGUGAUUCUAUUUACAGUGUGCUUGAAAAUUACAUAAAAGUUCCAAAUACCCAAGAAGAGUGGGAUGAUAUAAAAAAAGGAUUUUCAAAUAGAUGGAAUUUUCCGGGCUGUGGUGGAGCCCUGGAUGGCAAACAUGUGGUUUUAAGAGCCCCGUUUCAUUCAGGAUCGAACUUUUACAAUUAUAAAGGCUCAUUUAGCAUUAUUUUGUUUGCACUUGUUGAUGAUCAAUAUUGUUUCAAAUAUAUAGAUGUUGGAUCUAAUGGAAGGGCAUCUGAUGGGGGUGUUUUUUCAAAAUCUAAUUAUCUAUUGAAGCCCUAUUCUCAUCACGGCCCAUUGACAAUAAAAGAAAGAGUUUUCAAUUACAGACUAUCACGUGCUAGACGCAUCGUUGAAAUUGCAUUUGGUAUUCUUGUUUCUAGAUUUAGAAUAUUUGAAAAACCAAAUGCAUUGUCUCCUGAAAAGGCAGAUAAUAUUGUAAAAACAACGUGUGUUUUACAUAACUGGUUAAGAAUGAAUUCUUCCUCUUAUCUUAACCGGGGUUGUGUUGACGAAGAAGACCAUGAAAAUGGAGUAAUAAUUGAUGGAACAUGGCGAAAAAAAAUUCGAGGACUGGGAUUACCAGAUUUGACUAGUGCUAGUGAGAGUAAUAAUUAUACAAAAAAUGCUUCAAACAUAAGAAAUAAUUUGGCUGAUUGGUUUAUGGGAGACGGAGCCGUACCUUGGCAAAUGAAUAUGCUUAAUCUCAAGAAAUAA